CUCUCACUCUUUAGCUGUUGGACAAUGACAGUAUCAGAGCUGACGCAUAAACUAAGCACUCGGCUGAAAGACUUUUAGUCAUUUUCCUCUCUGCCACCUGCAAUCUAACGCCAAACUGAGGACACAACCAAGACAUGAUCCCUGUGACUAUUGGCCGACAAGUGUGAAUGGAAAAUUUAAUUCUUCUUGCUAUGACUCUAAGUAACAAGGAGGUGUGUCAAAUAGGAGCCAGAAUCCCCAAACAACAAACCAGAGAGCCAAGGAACAGAAGCUGAGGAGUCUCCCAAAGCUUUAUGACGAAUCUCUGCCAUUUCUACCAAUCAAAGAAUAAUUUGAAGAAGGGAUCAAAGCGUGUAUGAAUUAACUGAUGCCAGCGUGAACAUUUUAAGGACACUAUUUUUGAGUAAUCCUCACAUCAGUGGCAAAAUGCUUUAAUGACGACGACUCAUAUAGCGCUCCUUCACCAAAGAUAAGAGGCUCCAAUUGAGGUGAUUACUUCAUUCAAACCACAGAGAGGGUGACUUCGUCAUGGAUAUUUUUGGAGGUGCACCUCGUGUUUUGGGCUACCCGCGCCCAGUGGUUGCCCUGUGUGGCACAGACGCCACAUUAAGGUGCCAAAUUGGUGGGGAUCCUCGUCCUGAUGUCAUCUGGGAGCGUAAAAACAUCCAGAUCUUGUCUGAUGGACACUACGAGCUUUCUGAGGAGGGAAAAGCAUACCUGCUGACAAUUACCGGAGUGACUCUGCAGGAUGCUGGCCAGUAUAUUUGCAAGGCCAAAAAUUGCAUAGGUGAAACCUAUGCAGCAGCCUCCCUGAAAGUGGAAGGGGAGGCCCGGCCCCAGGAAGGUGGGCAAAGGCAAUCAGGGGUCAAUGGUAUGCAGCAACCAAGGAAAGAUAAUGGAGAAUUUGCAGGACACCACAAUGGGUACUGCAUAGUGAAAAAUGGCGAACACAGCAAAGAAAAUGGAGAGGAGCUGAAUGGAGAGCACAAGCAGAAUAGUGAAAAACAAGAGGAGGUCGAUUUAACGUCUGAUGACAAACCCCGAUUUCUCAUCAAGCCCCUCUCGUUACGCGUGGAUCGGGGAGAAGACGCCGCCUUCUCCUGCAAAAUCUGGGGCACUCCUCUGCCCGAGGUAACCUGGGAAAAAGACGGGAAGAAGCUAAACGACAUCUUCGAGAGCGCACACUUCAGCGUGAGCAAUCAAGAUGGCGGCUGGUUCCAGCUCAAGCUCUACAGGACCCGCAUGCCAGACAAAGGUGUCUACACCUGCAGGGCUAUCAACUGCCAUGGCGAGGCCUUGGCCGGUGCCGUCCUUCUUGUCGAGCCUGUGCCGGAACGGGAGGAGAGUAAAAUGUCCUCAAAUAGUCGCAGUGACAACGAGUGGUCGCCGAAGCACAGGGGCGGGAGGCUCAGUUUGUCGAGGGUCAUAGAGGAGCCCCCUGUCCGGGCUUCUAAAGCCAAGAAGUUCGCAGUGGCAGAGGGGAAACACGCCAAGUUCCGCUGCUUUGUGACAGGGAAGCCCAAGCCGGAGAUCAUUUGGAAGAAAGACGGGGUCCCUCUAGACGCCGGAAGGCGUCAUCUGAUAUUUGAGGACAGAGAGGGUUACUACACACUGAAGGUUCUGUACUGUAAAGUGCAAGAUACAGGGCUGUAUGUGUGUGCGGCAUCAAACGCUCUUGGAAACACCCUCAGCGCUGUCCACCUGUCUGUCAAAGGCCCAGCUGUGCGGUUCAGGCUUCCAUUAAGAGACGUGGAGGUGAGGGAGAGGGGUGUCGCCGUGCUGGAGUGUGAGGUACCCAAUGAGUCCCUCCCAUCAGCCUGGUACCUGGAGGACCAGCGGCUCAUACCCAGCAGUAAAUACGGGAUGGAGCAGAAAGGAGCCACAAGAAGACUGACCAUCCAUGAUGUUGGGACCGAUGACGAUGGAGUGUAUCUCUGUGAGAUGCCAGAUGGAGCGAAGAGCAUUGCAGAGCUAUCAGUUAAAGGAACUAUUGUUCGUAAGCUUCCCCGGAAGCUGGAGGUCCUGGAGGGGGAGAACGCUGCGUUCUGCGUGGAGGUGGAGAGCGACGACAUGGAGACCAACUGGUACAAAGACGGUCUGAAGCUACGUGAGACUCACCUGACCAUCCUGAAGUCUUUCGGCAAAACUCACAUUCUGGUCAUCGUCAACGUGGCCUAUCAAGACUCAGGGGUCGUGACCUUUGUUGCCGGAAGAUCCAAGACGUCUUCACGUCUCAAAGUCAAGGCCACACGACACAGCCCUCCUAUCUGCCCUGUGGGAGUGAAAAUGGAUGUGGAUCGACCCAACAGCGCUCUGCUCAGCUGGAAUCCUGCCCCCAACAGCCCGACCUCCACCCGAUCCAUUUUUGUCCUGGAGAGACAGGAAGUGGGCUCCCAAGAGUGGCACAAGUGUUUCACUUCAGAGACCGCCACUUCAGCUGAGAUCGGAGGCGACAGUGUGCCGUGUGAUGGCGACUACCGGUUCCGUGUCUGUUGCAUCAACAAGUAUGGGCGAAGCGGCCAUGUGGAGUUCCCCAGAGCUGUUCAUCUGGUUCCUGGACCCAAGAUCUGCACUAGGCUCACAGGUUGUGAGGUUGUGGAAGGAGAAGACGCUCACUUCGCCAUCGAACUGUCUGCCCCAAUGGUUGGAACCUGGUUUCUGAAUAGUGCUCAACUGCAGCAUGGUGGACGAUAUUCAAUACAACAGUCGCAAGCACAGCACUCAUUGGUUAUUUCUGAAACGUCCACUGCAGAAGACACAGCAGAGGUCACGUUCAUAGCCAAUGGAGUCCGAGAUUCAGCUGUUCUCAAGGUUCAACCUGCUGUGGUAAAAUUCAAUGCUCUGUCAGACUCAGACAGCCAGAAGAGGGUGGACAUUAGUGACCCCAUUGUUCUCUACUGUGAAGUCUCCCACCCCUUUGCAAAAGUAUCCUGGUUCAAAGAUGGCGAGGAGCUCCAGGUGAGCGACGGCCUCAACAUCCAAUCAGAUGGCAACAUGAGGAGAAUUGUGAUUCAGUCGGCUGACGCAUCUCACGCUGGAGUUUAUACAUGUGAAACUUCAGGAGAUGUCAUCAAAUUCAACGUGGAGGUUGCAGGUCCUUCUGUGGAGUUCAGUCCAGUUCCAGAGGAGGACCUCCAUAAGAGCAGCAUGGAGCUGGACCCUGUGGUGCUGCUCUGCCAUGUCUCCACCGACGACGCCAAAGUUGUGUGGUAUAAGGAUGGCUGUGAGAUCCAGCCCACUGACAACAUCACUCUGCAGGCAGAGGGAACCAUGAGGAGGCUGAUCAUACGCUCUGCAGAAACCUCCGAUGCUGGCAGCUACACCUGCCAGGCAGGAAACAAUGGGGUGGAGUUCACUGUCAAUGUCAGAGAGACUCCAGUGGUGAUUGUGGAACCCAAGGAUGAUGUUGUGAUGGAGAGCUAUGUCUCAGACGAGAUCCACCUGCAGUGCGAGUUGUCUCGUUCCAGUGGGAGGGUGCAGUGGUUCAAAGACGGCCAGGAAGUAGAGGAAAGCGACAACGUCAAGCUCAGAUCUGAGGGCCCUUACAGGAGGCUGACUAUCCUCAACGGGUCGGUGGAGGAUGGCGGAGAGUACGUCUGCGAAACGGAUGGAGACUCUGUCUUUUUCCAGCUUAGUGUUAAGGAGCCACUGGUACGAAUCAUUUCCCCCAGUGAAGCAGAGUUGGAAUUGACCCAUUUGGCCUCCGAGAGGCUGGAGCUCAGCUGUGAGAUCUCCCACGCGGAUGCCCCUGUCCGGUGGUACAGAGACGGCCUGGAGGUAGAGGAGAGUCCUAACUUGAUCUUGGAAGUGGACGGGGCCCAACGCCGGCUGGUUGUACCCAUAACCACUGCGGACGACACAGGGGAGUAUGUAUGUGACACUGAAGAUGACUCUGUGGCCUUCCUGGUCACUAUUGCAGAGCCACCAGUGACGCUUGCUCGUCCCAAAAACACCCCUGACAAACUGGAGAGUGUUGCCGGGAAACCGAUCGUACUGGAGAUCGAGGUGUCCCGGCAAAGUGCAGAAGUCAAGUGGUGGCUAAAUGGCAGAGAAGUAGAGGAGAGUAGUAACAUCACGAUCACAAAGGACGGGCUCAUCCACCGUCUGACCAUCCACUCUCCCACUCCAGAGGAUUCUGGGAAAUACACCUGUGACGCUGUUGAUGAUACAAUUGAUUUCCAGGUCAAAGUUUCAGAGCCUCCGGUGAAGAUCCUAAGAAAGACAGAGAUAAAGACAAACGUUAAAUCCCUGAUUUCUGAUGACAUUGUGCUGGAGUGUGAGCUCUCCAGAGCCAAUGGCGUCACAAAAUGGUACAAGGAUAGCUGUCGGGUUGAGGGCGAUGAAAGGUUCUGCGAGGAGGAAGAAGGAGCUUUCCGCUCAUUGGUCAUCCUCAACGCUGAACUCGGAGACUCGGGAGAGUACUUCCUGGAUGCCGGAGAUGAUAACAUCACUUUUCAGGUUACGGUAGAAGAGCCACCAGUGACAAUCGUGGGCAACUCAAAUGCCCUUGACUACCAGGAGAUGAUGGCAGGGGAAGACCUGAUCCUGGCCUGUGAAUUGUCCCGUGCCAAUGCCCCCGUCCAAUGGUACUGUAAUGACACGCUUCUUACCAGUGACUCCCGGACCUACAUUGAGAGCUACGGCACUCUGAGGAAAAUUAUCAUUUCAAAUGUCCAGGCCUCAGAUUCUGGAAAGUAUGUGUGUGAUGCUGUGGGGGAUAAAAUGACCAGCAUUGUCAGGAUUCCAGAGCCUCCAGUUACGUUUGUGAACAAGGAGGAUGACAUUGUUGUGACGGGUUACGAGGCAGAGGGGGUGACGUUGACGAGCUAUGUGUCCAAGGAAAGCGCUGUAGUGCGUUGGAUGAAAGACUGGACGACUGUUGAAGGCGACCGUUCGCGAGCACUCAUGGAGGGACAUAAACGCACCCUUAUUAUUGAGCCGUUGAGGCGCUCUGAUGCUGGCGAAUACACCUGUGAUGUAGACACAGACCAGAUCCACUUCAGCUUGCUGGUGAAAGAAAUGAGAAUCAAGUUUGUGAGGACACUUCACGACACCGUGGCCCAUGCUGAUGGUAUGGUGACCCUUCGCUGUGAGGUGUGCAAGCCAAAAGCAGACGUCCAGUGGCUAAGGAAUGGGGUGGAGGUGGUUCCAAGUAGGAGGUUCUCCAUUCGGGCAGAUGGAGUUGAGCGAAGCUUGACCAUCCACCGUUUAACCAGAGAAGAUGCUGGAGAGUAUGCUUGUGAGUCCAGAGAUGACCGGACAGUGGCAAUGCUCAGAGUAGAGAUGCCACGAGUGGUGGAGUUCGUCACAGAGCUCCACAACACCACUGUGCUUGAAGGAGAAGAUGCCACCUUCAAAUGUGUGGUUUCCCCUGAGGAUGUCCAGUUGGUCUGGCUCAUGGACAAAGAGGCCAUCACCCUGGGCGAUCGAUUCCUGGCAAACCAGAACGGUUUGUGCCACACCCUGGUUAUCAAAAAGUGCCAGAUGUUGGAUUGUUCGAAGAUUACAGCAGAGGCUGAGGGACAAAUAAGCAAAGCCAGCCUCAAAGUUCAGGAGGCUCAGGUCAUGUUUACUAAGAAAAUGGAAGCUGUCAUGGCAGAAGAGUUUGGUGAGGCCACGUUGGAGACAGAGAUCAGCCUUGAAACGGGAGAGGUCCAGUGGAUGAGGCAAGGGGUGGUCAUCCAGCCUGGACCCCGGCACACGCUGGCCCAGGACGGCUGUAAACGCAGUCUGACCAUCCAGAACCUGACUCUGUCAGACCGGGGAACCUAUCGCUGCGAGACUCUGCAUGACCGCACGCAGGUCAAGCUCAAUGUAGAACCCCGUAAAAUCUCCAUCCGUAAAGGCCUUACUGACCAGGAAACCUUUGAACGAGAGACCGCCUCAUUCGAGGUAGAGCUCUCCCACACAGAUGUGGAGGGAAUUUGGCAGAAGGAUGGCAUCCGGGUGAAACCGAACAACCAGUGGCGGGUGAGCGCCAAUGGGCUAAUCCACGGCCUCACCCUGUCCAACCUCACCCUGGAAGACACAGGGACUAUUGUCUUUUCAGCCGAAGGGGUGCGCACUACCGCCAGGCUCACUGUCAAAGAGACUCCGGUGUUUAUCCUGAGAACGCUAGAUGACGUCCAUGUGGAGGAGGAGUUUCCAGUCACUCUGGAGUGUGAAUUCUCCAGACAAAACAUCGAAGUCAGGUGGCUUAAGAACGGGACGGAGCUGAAGCCGGGGAAGAACUGCCGGAUCUACUCCAUGGGCCGGAAGCGGUUCUGUCAGAUCAUGCAGUGCUCCCUGGCGGACUCUGGCACCUACACAUGUGACACAGGGGAAAUCAACACUAGCUGUUCACUGGAGGUUUUCGAGCAUAAGCUGGAGAUAGUGCAUCAUAUGGAGGACCUUUACAUUCAGGAGGACCAGAAUGCUGUCUUCAUGUGUGAGGUUUCUCUGGAGAAUGUUACCGGGGAGUGGCACAAAGACGGCCACAAGAUCCGGCCCUCUAGCACGAUCAAGAUCCGCACUGAAGGGACGAAACACUUCCUUCUGAUGUGUAACGUCAAAGCUGAGGAUGCUGGGGAAAUUCGCUUUGUAGCCAAGGAUGUUGAAUCUACAGCUUACCUUGAGGUAGAAGAACUCCCCGUUUCCAUUGUAAAACCCCUGCGUGAUCGAACCGCCCUGGAGAAACACCGAGUGAUCCUCGAAUGCACCGUCUCCACGCCCCGCUCCAGCGCCACCUGGUACAAGGGCAGGGAGGAGCUGGCUCCCUCGGAUCGAAUGGAGAUCCUGGUCGACGGCUGCUCCCACAAACUGGUGAUCCAGCAGGUGGCGGUGGAGGAUGAGGGCACCUACAGCAUCGAGGUGGGGGAGCACACAUCCAAAGCCAAGCUGAUGGUGGAAGCCCAAGCCCUUGUAAUGGUCAAGGAGCUGGAGGACGUGGAGGUGACUGAGCCCGGGCCCGCAUCCUUCCAGUGUGAGGUGUCUGUCGACAUUAACAAGCCCCCCCUUUGGACUCUGAACGGAGAGGCCCUCCUGCCGGGCCCCUCCGUCCGCCUGGAAAACCACGAGACGGUCCACAAACUCACCCUGAAAAACACCAGCGUGGACAUGAGCGGGGUGGUGAAGUUCACAAUGGGCAAGGCCAAGAGCAGCGCCGCGCUCUCGGUGAGGGACGAGUAGAGGAGGAGAGAGAAAAGCAAGGGACUCGGAGAGAAAGAAAGAAGCCGAUCGCAAACAUGGGAAUUGCUCAUGUCACCUAAAACAUCAUGUCAUGUUUGGACAGCUUGCAUCAUUUCCCUGUUCUGAAUGUGUUUCAAAUUGAGGGUAUUUAGUGAAGUUAGAACAUUGAAACUUGAGGCAUGCAUGUUUUUUUUACUGUGUAGAUGAUAUUUUCUGGCCUGGUGAAGACUUCUUUUUGACUUUACAUGUAUUAUGAAACUACUGAUGAAAAUCCCCCAAAAUAAAAACACAAAGUCACAGUAUGGCGUCA